AUGGCCAGCUUCCAUCGGAAGGGAGGUGCAGGGAACGAGCCACAGAAUUCACACGACGUGGAUCAUUCUGGCAAGCAGGAGGAAAAAUUCUUGAGAGAUGAUGUGAAAGAUUCAGUAGCAAAGUACGCGCUGAAGUCAAGGACCGGCACUGCGGGGACCCCGAGUGCCACCCCCGGGAGCGCUGCCCGGCCCCGCUCCGAGCGGCUGCGGGGACACCGAGUGCCACCCCCGGGAGCGCUGCCCGGCCCCGCUCCGAGCGGCUGCGGGGACACCGAGUGCCACCCCCGGGAGCGCUGCCCGGCCCCGCUCCGAGCGGCUGCGGGGACACCGAGUGCCACCCCCGGGAGCGCUGCCCGGCCCCGCUCCGAGCGGCUGCGGGGACACCGAGUGCCACCCCCGGGAGCGCUGCCCGGCCCCGCUCCGAGCGGCUGCGGGGACACCGAGUGCCACCCCCGGGAGCGCUGCCCGGCCCCGCUCCGAGCGGCUGCGGGGACACCGAGUGCCACCCCCGGGAGCGCUGCCCGGCCCCGCUCCGAGCGGCUGCGGGGACACCGAGUGCCACCCCCGGGAGCGCUGCCCGGCCCCGCUCCGAGCGGCUGCGGGGACACCGAGUGCCACCCCCGGGAGCGCUGCCCGGCCCCGCUCCGAGCGGCUGCGGGGACACCGAGUGCCACCCCCGGGAGCGCUGCCCGGCCCCGCUCCGAGCGGCUGCGGGGACACCGAGUGCCACCCCCGGGAGCGCUGCCCGGCCCCGCUCCGAGCGGCUGCGGGGACACCGAGUGCCACCCCCGGGAGCGCUGCCCGGCCCCGCUCCGAGCGGCUGCGGGGACACCGAGUGCCACCCCCGGGAGCGCUGCCCGGCCCCGCUCCGAGCGGCUGCGGGGACACCGAGUGCCACCCCCGGGAGCGCUGCCCGGCCCCGCUCCGAGCGGCUGCGGGGACACCGAGUGCCACCCCCGGGAGCGCUGCCCGGCCCCGCUCCCCCCGGGAGCGCUGCCCGGCCCUGCCCCGAGCGGCUGCGGGGACACCGAGUGCCACCCCCGGGAGCGCUGCCCGGCCCUGCCCCGAGCGGCUGCGGGGACACCGAGUGCCACCCCCGGGAGCGCUGCCCGGCCCCGCUCCGAGCGGCUGCGGGGACACCGAGUGCCACCCCCGGGAGCGCUGCCCGGCCCCGCUCCGAGCGGCUGCGGGGACACCGAGUGCCACCCCCGGGAGCGCUGCCCGNAGCAGCUGAUCCCCCGCGGCCUGGCCGAGAGCCGGCCCCGGGGCCCGCAGCGCGGCCUCAAGGCGCGCAGCCUGGCGGAGCCCCCCCGGCCGGCGCUGGGCAGCGACCCCGAGGACGAGCCCGAGGCCGGGCCGGGCGCGCUGCGGCGCGGGCUGCGCUCCACGUCCUACCGCCGGGCCGUGGUCAGCGGCGUGGAGCUGGACGGCUCCGCCAACUGCAAGAAGAAAAACAGAAAGAAGUUCUCCAGCCUGGGGAGGAUAAAGAAGAUGCUGAAAGGACAAGGGACGUUCGAUGGGGAAGAAAAUGCUGUACUAUAUCAGAACUAUAAGGAAAAAGCUCUGGACAUAGAUUCAGACGAGGAGUCUGAGCCCCAAGAGCAGAAGUUGGAUGACAAGGUUGUUUUCCACUAUAAGCCCCUGAGGUCGACGUGGAGCCAGCUCUCUGUGGUGAAGAAGAAUGGACUGUCAGAAGCCAUCAGCCAGGAGGAAAGGAAAAGGCAGGAGGCAAUAUUUGAGGUGAUAUCUUCUGAGCACUCCUAUUUGCUGAGCCUGGAGAUUCUGAUCCGGAUGUUUAAAAAUUCCAGGGAACUGAGCCUCACAAUGACCAAAACAGAAAGCCACCACCUCUUCUCCAACAUCACGGAUGUUUAUGAAGCCAGCAAGAAGUUCUUUGAGGAGCUGGAGGCCAGGCACCAGAACAGCAUUUUCAUCGACGACAUCAGCGACAUCGUGGCGAGGCACGCGGGCUCCACCUUCGACCCCUACGUCAAGUACUGCAGCAACGAGGUGUACCAGCAGCGCACCCUGCAGAGGCUGCUAGCCACCAAUCCGGCGUUCAAGGAGGCGCUGUCCCGGAUCGAGUCCCACCAGGACUGCAGGAACCUGCCCAUGAUCUCCUUCCUCAUCCUCCCCAUGCAGAGGGUCACUCGUCUCCCCUUGCUGAUGGAUACUAUUUGCCAGAAAACCCCCAAGGAUUCAGCAAAAUAUGAGAACUGCAAGCAGGCUCUGAAAGAAGUCAGCAAGCUCGUGCGUCUGUGCAACGAGGGCGCCCGCAGGAUGGAGAGGACAGAGAUGAUGUACACCAUCAACUCCCAGCUGGAGUUCAAAAUCAAGCCAUUUCCAUUGGUUUCCUCUUCACGGUGGUUGGUGAAGAGGGGUGAAUUAACAGCAUAUGUAGAAGACACUGGACUUUUUUCCAAAAGAACCUCUAAGCAGCAGGUGUACUUCUUCCUCUUCAACGAUGUUCUCAUCAUCACCAAGAAGAAGAGCGAGGAGAGCUACACCGUGACCGGCUACUCGCUGCGGGAGCAGCUGCAGGUGCUGCCCGGGGCGGCGGAGGAGCCCGGGAUGCUGCCGCCCGCCCGGAGCGCGGCUCCGCGCCCCUUCCGGCUCCUGCUGCUCUGCAACCACGCCGGGGACCGCGUGGAGAUGCUGCUGGGCGCCGAGACGCUGAGUGACAGAGCCCGCUGGAUCACGGCGCUGGGCCGGGACAGCGACGGGCAGCACACGGACAGGACCACCCUGGCUCAGGUGGAGACCAUCAGGACGUACACAGCCAAGCAGGCCGACGAGCUCUCGCUCCAAGUCGCUGAUGUCGUUUUGGUUUAUCAGAAAGUGAAUGAUGGCUGGUGCGAGGGCGAGCGGCUGCGGGACGGCCGGAGGGGCUGGUUCCCCUCGGAGUGCGCCCGGGAGAUCACCUGCAGGGCCACCCUGGAACGGAACAUGGAGCGCAUGGGCCGCCUGCUGGGGCUGGAAACCAACGUCUAGCCUGCCUCCCUCGGCCUGGGGCUGGGCUGGGGGACAGCAGGGCCACAGCCAGCAGCACGGGGGACAGCAGGGCCACAGCCCAACAG